GCCCCAGGACCGGCAUGGCGCUCCUCCUCCGAGCUCUCCGCGUCCUUCCGCUCCGCGAGGCCCCAGGGCGCGGGUUUCGGGGCCUGUCGGGGCCGCGCCGCGGGGACGCAGGGUCUCUUACGCAGUGUGAGUCUCCGUCUCUCACCAAGGCUGAAUGGCAGAAGAAACUGACCCCUGAGCAGUUCUACGUCACCAGAGAAAAAGGAACAGAGCCUCCUUUCAGUGGGACCUACCUGAACAACAAGGACCCUGGAAUGUACCAUUGCGUGUGCUGUGAUGCUCCCCUCUUCAGCUCUGAGAAGAAGUUCUGCUCCGGGACUGGCUGGCCUUCGUUUUCAGAGGCUCACGGUACUUCCGGCUCUGAUGAAAGCCGCACAGGGAUACUGAGACGCCUGGACACCUCUCUGGGAUCUGCUCGCACAGAGGUGGUCUGCAAGCAGUGCGACGCUCAUCUUGGCCACGUGUUCCCGGAUGGACCCGCGCCCAGUGGCCAGAGGUUUUGCAUCAACAGUGUGGCGCUGAAAUUCAAGGCAAGCAAACACUGACCCUCUGGACAGGCCAGUGGUUUUCAGAAUUCAGAUGUGUGGCUCUUUUUAAUUUUUUUAAUGAUCAAAUGAGACUCGCUUUGCUUGGUGAGCCAGUCUCCCUUGGGCUGUGGAAUUCCCCAGUCCUGAAUGUGGAGGAGAAUGACAGCCACAUCCUUCGACUGUUUUGAGAGGGACCAUAAGGUACAACUCUCGGGACAGCAGGAAGCUCUGGGGCAGGAGUUAAAGUGUUUCUACAAAAUAACUGACUUCGCCAUUGUCCUGGAGUCCUCUGUGAGCACAGAUAGCAUGAGGGAAAUGUGCAAUUUCUUUUCAGAAUUUUAAAUCUCUCAAAGGACUUGGAACGGUACCACGCAAAUCAGCUACUCCUGUGUGAGUUUGCUGAACUUCACCCUCUCACCCUCUGGCUAUGGAGUGAAACUUUAAAGUGUUCAAAUAAAAUAUUUAUCCACAUUGAUGUUUGCUUUUUGUCUAACUCUGUGAAGUUGCUUUUUAUAAACAUGACUCUAAAUCAAGAUGACACCGAGGAAUCAUUAUUAAUGUGUAGAGUGAAUGUUUACCUACAGACUUGUCCACUUUGUUAUUCUUGAUUUCUCCCAGAAAUUCCACAUUUUCACUUCUUCUUCUGCCUGAAGAAAACUUUAUUUUCCCCUUUAGUACCUGUUUCCUAGUGAUGAAUUUCUUCACUCUUAUGGGUGAUAAAAGGCAUUUAUUAUCUUUCUUUUUUCGGAACUGGGGAUUUGAACUCAGGACCUCACACUCACUAGGCAGGUGAACACCAUUUGAGCCAUGACCCAGUGUUCUUGCUUCUAGCUUGUUUCUCUGGUCCAAUCUCCCACCUUGGCCCAGACAGGCCUCGGACUAAUCCCUCUACCUCUGUCUCCUGAGCAGCUGGGAUUAUAGGCAUGUAUCACCAUACCCAGCCUAUUCUCUCAUUUUUGAAGUACGCUUUUCCUGGGCAUAAGAUUUUAAUUUGUGAGCAAAAAUGAGGGAGGGGGUAACACUGUACAAAAAGAAAUAUACUCAUGACCUUAUUUAUAUAGCUGUAACCCCUCUGCACAUCACCU